GCUUGUCAGUGCGCAGGAGUCCUGGACUGCGGUGGCAGGCUGUAGCCCUUGGUCGGCAAAGGGGGCAAAGGGCUACGUCCCUGCUGGAGGAGUACGGGUGUGGGGAUGGGGGUUGUUGUUGGCCAGGUCGGCAGGGGGCGCCCGAGGAACAGGGCGGGGCCGCACCUGUGCUGCUGGCUGCUAGAGAUGGGGAGGGGACCGGCGCCCGAAGCAGCUGCGCGCCCCGCCCCGCGGCCUCCUCCCCGCCGCCGCGGCCCCUUGGCUGCUGCCCCGAUGCGCUGCUCCCGAAGCUCGGACCCAGUAGUCGCCAGAGCAGUUGAUGCAUCCGGCCGGCUCGCAUCGCCGCUGCCCACACCCCUCGCGGAUCCCAUUGGCCGCAUGGAGUCUCCGGAGAGCGCUGGUCCGGGAGAGAUUGUUAAAGAAGUCAAGGUACCACAGGCUGCCCUGAGUGUUCCAGCUCAUGAGACGGGGGACACUUGCCACACACCUGUGACAGAGGGGGAAGAGGUUGGCAUCCCAAUACCAGCCCCAGGGUUCCUGCAGGUCACGGAGAGGAGGCAACCUCUGAGCAGCGUCUCCUCCCUGGAGGUCCACUUCGAUCUCCUGGACCUCACUGAGCUGACCGACAUGUCUGACCAGGAGCUGGCCGAGGUCUUUGCGGACUCUGACGACGAGAACCUCGCCACUGAAUCCCCUGCAGGUCUGCACCCACUAUCUAGAGCUGGCUGCCUACGCUCCCCCUCCUGGACCAAAACAAGGGCGGAGCAGAACCGUGAGAAACAGCCCCCUAGUGACCCAGAACGACAAGGUACAGCUGUGGACACGUUCCUCACCGUGGAGGGGCCCAAGGAAGAUUAGCACAACUCCAUCUCUUCCAGAGUUGCUGAAGGGCUGGGCCAGACCACCAUGAUGGCAAAUCAGGACAGUAUCGACACAAGAGACACAUUCUGUCAACUCCAAGACUCCAGCCAUCACUGGACCACAGGUCCAAGUCUGGGUGCCGGGUACCAGCCUCUGGGCACCCCAGCACAAGCACAGCCCAGUGGCCUUAGGUCCAGCUGGUUCCUGGACCCCGAAUCAGGGAUGACACCGUAUGGAAUCUCUGCCUUGGGAUGAGAGGAGGAAUGGAGUGGACAAUGGUGGCCUCGGUCUCCUCAAGAUUUGUCUCUAGGACAAGACGUUUUGUCUCUUGUGAGAUCCCAAGUAGGUUCAGGGUAGGGGAUUCAAACCCAUGAGAGCUGCCCAGGAACCUGUAGGGGGACGGAUAUCCAACCUCGGUGAGCUCAUAAGCCCAAAGUAGAUUUGGUGGUCAGUCAUGGGCUGGCUCUACUGUCCAGCCAAGGGGCAGGGACAGGUUACUUCCCUAAGACUUGUACCCUUCCUCUGCCCUGGGCAGCUGCCACUAUUUGCGGUCUCACCCCAGGCUUGCUUCUCUGUGUCUGUGGGUGUGACGGCUCAAAGGCUGAGGAGUCACCCCGUGUCUUCCUUCCUUCAGAACACUAAACCUGAGUGACAACUCCCAGAUUGCUCGGAAGGACAGAGUACCGUCUCCCCAUUCCUGUCUGUCAUAAGGGCAUCUCCUCUGCCUGUCCUCCACAUCCCAUGCCUAGCUCAUCCACCCACAUCGCCUGUCAAAUGCUCAGUUGGGAGGCUCUGACACUGUGGAUCCGUCUCGGGAGCAGUUCAGGGGAGGCAGGGCCAAUCCAGCCACCCACUCUGCUGCGACGCUGGACCCUCAGUUCAGACGCUCUCAAUGCUACUUUCAUGUGCUCGAAGACAACACUGACUGCUGCUCUGACCGCGAAUCAAAGACUGGUUUUAAAAUAAAGGUUUACUUGCAUUCUGU